AUGUGCCCUCCCUUACGUUCCGCCGCCCCAUCGCCCUCAUCUACCCCAUCUGCAUGCACCGCCACGCCACUCUCCCCCACAUCACCAUCACCAUCACCAUCACCAUCACCAUCACCAUCACCAUCACCGUGCGCCAUGCACUCCCGUCCCGCCUCCACUCUUAUCGCUCUGAGCCCUUCCGUCGCGCCUGCACUGCUGGCUGUCUCCCCCUCACUACCUGCUCUGCCUCCCUCGCUCCCUGCUCUCUCCUCCUCCUCCUUCACGCUCUCUUCUCCACCCACCACUUCCUCCUCCCUCGCAUCUCCCCUCUCCCUCUCCCCCUUCCCUCCACCUUUCUCCUCCUCCCACUUCCACCCCUUCCACUCUUCCCCUGUCUCAUCCCGUCCCUCCUCGUCUCCCCCCUCCCCUUGCCCCUGCCCCUGUCUCGCCCCCACGCCCAGCACGCUCAUGGCGCCCAGCCGGAUGUCGAAGCGGCGGUCGCCAGCAGCAACGAGGGGGUCGAUUUCAGCGAAGAAGAUGCGCAGGCAGAGCACGUCCAGCAGAUUCACCGGAUCCAGUCGCACCGCGAACCCCACCGACCCCACGCACGUCUCCCACCCCCCAUUGCUGCUGCCGCCACCUCUGGUGCUGUUCGCCCAGCACAGCAGCCCUCCUUUUCUCUUGUCCCCCCACUCCGGCCGCUCCUCCUGCUGA